AGAGCAUUGGAACCAUCAUAUAUCCAAGCCCGGAAUCCAUUAACUUAUCAUUCAAGGAAAAAAGCAGCCCAGAAACCGAAGCAUGGGAAUUGGAAUCAACCAUAUCAGUUGCAGAGUCCACAGAAGAGACCCAAGCUACCUCUUCAUCUUCAAGGCCAAGAAAACGCAGAAGGAAAGGCAUCCCUUGCAGGUGUCCAUUUUUUUUGACAAGAAGAUAAGAUGCAACAUUUUCAUCUCCUUUUUAACUUCCUUGUGGCUCUCAAAUGGUAUGCUUCUUAAUUUUUAUUUACCUUGACUCGUAUAUUUCAUAGAAUGUCUAGUAGUAGAGAAUUGUAGAUCUCUUUGCUGCUGCAUGGUUUUUAAAAUUUCUUUUUCAAGUUUUGACAAGAUUAGUUGUUUGACAAAGCUGAUAUUAACAUAUAUUCUUUUACACUCAUUCUUUGCCUCGUCCAUGGCGAGUCUUGGCCGCUACCGACGAUGGCAACGUGGGAAGGAUGGAGGUGUUUAUGCACGCAGCGAUGAUGGGAGGAGAUGAGAACUGUCAAGGUCAGCAAUAUCUCAAAAGCUACUUCUGAGAGAGAUAUCAAAGAGUUCCUUUCAUUCUCUGGUCAAAUCCUUUAUGUUGAAAUGCAAAGAGAAACUGAAAAUACUCAGGUUGCUUAUGUUACAUAUGAGGAUUCUCAAGGAGCAGAUACUGCAAUACUUUUGACUGGAGCAAAAAUUGGUGAUCUAUUUGUAUCAAUUACUCUGGUUGAGAAUUACCAUCUUCCACCUGAAGCAAUGUCAUCAAUCCUGGAUAAAAGGAAAACUGCUACCGGGAUUGCUCCAAAUCAGGCUGAAGACGUUGUAAGUACAAUGCUUGCGAAAGGCUUCAUCUUGGGGAAGGAUGCUCUCAACAAGGCAAAAGCGUUCGACGAACGACUCCAAUUGACAUCAAACGCUUCUGCAACUGUCGCUUCCAUUGACCGGAAGAUGGGCAUAACUGAGAAAAUAACUGCAGGCACAGCAGUAGUGAAUGAAAAGGUCAGGGAGAUGGAUGAAAUGUUCCAGGUUACGGAGAAGACGAAAUCCGCUCUAGCAGUUGCCGAGCAGAAGGCAAGCAACGCUGGAACCGCGCUCAUGAGCAACUAUUAUGUGUUAACUGGAGCAGCUUGGUUUUCAAAUGCUGUAACUGCAGUUACAAAAGCUGCCGAGGAAGUGACCCAGAUGACGAAGGCAAAAGUCGAGAAAGCCGAUGAGGAGAAAGAGGAGAGUAUAUACCACGAAAGAACCGGGAUCAUCAAUAACUUUGCCGAGUUCCAUCUCGACGAGCCUUUACCGGGGGAGCCUGCUAUUGUUCCAGUUAAUUCAGCUGAUAGAUAGACAGUAAGUUGUGAAUCAUACGCAUGAAAACCUACACUUGUGAAAUACAUUGCUUUCCCCAAUCAACUGUAUGAUAUAUACACUUUCAUCUAGAGGUGCUCCAAUUACAGGGUUUACUUCUUUAUACACCUGCUCCUGUUGAAAUGUCAUGACGUUCUUUUGAGUGAAAAAUUCACUUUUUGAAUACUUGAUUA